UUUCCAAAACAUAGAAGUUGGAAGCGAAGCAAAAGUCAAUGUCUUCCUCGUACGAGUCGUGGAGAUCUGCUGCCACUAACAGGAGACCAACUCAUCCCACUGACAAUCCCAAGAUUCCUGGACCCAUUUAUGCGGACCUUGAUCCGGCUCCGAGGCCAAAACCCGUCAUUCAAUUGCUCGCCUUCGGGUUCAUCAUAUUUCUCGGCCUCCUCCAAUUCUUACCCGCUUCCCAUUUCCGUGACCCCUCAGACCCUUACAGAAAGUGGGUCCCUUUCAACUCCGACGCUUCUUCUUAUUCCACUUCAAAAGAUGGAGGAAACCCCACAUUGUUCAGGGCCAAUGAUGAAGAAGAAGGGAUGGUACAUGUUGUUUCAUGGAUGGAUUGUUUGGACCUUAAAGUGCUGGCAGUUCUUGCCAACUCAACUCUUUCAAGUUCAAGAUACCCAGACUUAGUUCACUUUCAUUUCUUUACACCUCAAGGGGAUAAAGACAAAGUUUCCUUCUAUAAGUUGAAAGUAUUAUUCCCACAUUCAAACCUUGAACUUCAUGGGCAAGAGGAAGUGAAAGAAAUGAUUAGGACCGCUACUUCUGAGGCAGAAUAUGACAGCCUCAAAUUUGAGGAAAUAGCACCUUUUGUUAUACCAAGAGUCCAUCAGUCACUAAGAAAAUUCAUAUACGUUUCAGCCAGUCUAAUUUUGAAGGGAAGAGUAGAAGAACUAGCUGGAAUUGACUUAAGCACCCAUGCUGUUGCAGCUGCUGAGGACUGCUCUAAAAGGCUAAACAGCUAUGUGAACUCAGAUGUUUUGGGUGCUAUUCAAAGAUCGACCUCAAAGCCAUGGGCAUCUGUGACACCCUAUGUGAAGGAUACGUGUAUGCCUGAAUUAAGUUUGCUUUUGAUUGAUGCAAGGAAAUUGGACAAGGAGUUUUUGGAGGCUGUCUUGUGGUGGAGUAAAGUUCUGAAUUGGAGUGACAGGAGCAGUAAAGAAAAUCCAGCAAUAACAUUGGCACUCUAUAACAGAUACCUGAAGCUUUCAAAUUCCUGGUUGGUGAAGGAGCCAGCAUCACUAGAAAUCAUUGAAAAGAGUACGGUUGUUCAUUAUGAUGGGCCCAAGAUUGUUUGCUCUGAAUUUGGAAAUGACACUAUUCCAGGGCCAUCUCAUGGAAAUUUAUGGAUAAAUUACCUUCCUUCAAUGUCAAAUCAGAUCUUGGGCAGCUAGAAUAAUUUGUACGAAUCUUGUAGAAAUGUAAAGCUGAAUGAACAUCAUGUAUCAUGUGGCCUUAAAUGUAUAAUCCGAGUCGAGCACAAGGUCAUUGAUAGCUGCCAUUUAUUGAAAUUGCAUUGUUUGUUUUUUUGAAUACAGUGGGAUCUAUGGUUUGUGAUCAUUGAUGUAAAUUUCAGCAAUGAAGA